AUGGCUUCGACUUUCGCUAUCGGCCUGGGUGUCGCUACAGCGGCCUUUCUGGGUCGCGCUGGUUACGUUGCUCUUCGUCGCUACCAGGGAGGUAUAAAUGCUAUGGGAAAGGCAUUUUACAAGGGAGGAUUUGAGCCACGCAUGACCCGUCGUGAAGCAGCCCUGAUCCUGGAACUUCCCGAGCGGACUCUGAACAAGGAGAAGGUCCGCAAGAAGCACCGCCAACUGAUGCUGCUGAACCACCCUGAUCGUGGUGGAAGCCCUUAUCUCGCAACCAAGAUCAACGAAGCGAAGGAAUUUUUGGACAAGCACAUAUGA